UUUUGAUUUCCACCGUGGCCCAAUGGCCGAAAACAUUUACAGCAAGGGGACGAGGGUCUGGUUCGAGGAUAAGGAACACGCUUGGAUCUCUGCAGAGGUCACCUCUGUCACUAAGGGAAACGACGAUGCCAUCAAACUGGUCUUCGUCGAUGAUCGAGGGAAGGAAAUCGUGAUCAAUACCACGGCAAAAGACAUUAGAGAUGGAAAGGAAGGCUUGCCUCCCCUGCGAAACCCUCCCUUGUUAGAGACCGCUGACGACUUGGCCACUCUUUCUCACCUGAACGAGCCUUCCGUUCUGCAUACCAUUCGGAAUCGCUACGGCCAACAUAGCAUCUAUACCUAUAGCGGCAUCGUACUCAUCGCCGUCAACCCUUUCCAACGUGUAACUCUGUAUGGACCCGAAGUCAUUCAGGCUUACUCUGGUAGAAAGAGAGGGGAGCUUGAGCCCCAUCUAUUCGCUAUUGCUGAGGACGCGUAUACCGCCAUGGCCAAAGAAGGCAUGGGCCAAACUAUCAUCGUAUCGGGUGAAAGUGGUGCAGGCAAAACUGAAUCAGCUAAAUUCAUCAUGCGUUAUAUUGCUUCCGUCAACCCUCCUGGAUCAACAACUAAGUCAAGGACAAAAUUUUCCUUGGACGAGUCCAGCGAAAUAGAGCGUCAAAUUCUUGCCACGAACCCUAUCCUUGAAUCUUUUGGAAACGCCAAAACGACACGAAAUGACAACUCAUCGCGUUUUGGCAAGUAUAUCCAAAUCCUUUUCGAUGGAAAACCCGAAAUCGUCGGUGCUCGGAUCCGCACAUAUCUCUUGGAGCGGUCACGUAUUGUCUUCCAACCCACAACGGAACGGAAUUACCAUAUCUUCUACCAAUUGUGCGCAGGCGCUCCCCUGAAGGAACGGAAAGAUCUCGGACUAGAUACCGACGUAACCAAAUUCCAUUACCUCAGGCAAGGCGGGUCGACGUCUACACCGAUUGUAGGCGUCGAUGAUGCCGAAGAAUUCCGGGCAACUCAGCAAGCACUGUCGACCGUUGGCAUCAGUGUCGAAAAACAGUGGGCGGUGUUCAGACUCCUUGCCGCUCUGUUGCAUUUGGGAAAUGUCAAAAUUACACCAACUCGUUCUGAGUGUUCGAUUGAUGAAGAAGACCCUGCUCUCAUUUUGGCAACCCGGUUCCUUGGUAUCAAUUUGGCCGAGUUUAAGAAAUGGACUGUGAAGAAGCAAAUUAUCACCCGCUCCGAGAAGAUCGUCACUUCCCUGAAUGCUGGGCAGGCCACGGUGGUUCGGGAUAGUGUGGCAAAAUUCGUGUAUGCCUGUCUGUUCGAGUGGCUUGUCGCUAUCGUGAAUGAAAGUUUGGCUGGUGAACACGGUGACGCUGCUGAGCGUGCCGAGAUGUUUAUCGGCGUCUUGGACAUCUACGGGUUUGAACAUUUUCAAAAGAACUCUUUCGAGCAAUUCAGCAUAAACUAUGCCAACGAGAAGCUGCAGCAGGAGUUCAACUCUCAUGUUUUCAAACUCGAGCAAGAAGAGUAUAUGAAGGAACAAAUCAAUUGGACCUUCAUCGACUUUUCAGACAACCAACCGUGUAUCGAUGUCAUCGAGGGCAAACUUGGCGUUUUAGCAUUAUUAGAUGAAGAGUCCCGCCUGCCUUCAGGCAGCGACGCAUCUUUCUUGCAGAAGCUCAACACUCAACUUCUAAAGCCAGCUAACAAAAACGUGUUUAAGAAACCUCGGUUCGGAAAUUCAUCAUUUACAAUUGCCCAUUACGCCUUGGACGUCACUUAUGAAGUUGAUUGUUUCCUAGAGAAGAACCGUGAUACAGUCCCCGAUGAGCAUAUGACAUUAAUUGCUGCCACAAAGAACCCUUUCUUGAAGGAAGUCUUGGAUGCUGCGCUCGGCUCGGUGAAGGCUAUUGACGCACCCCAUCCUGGUUCACCUUCUCCAUCCGACUCUGGUAGUGGAGGUUCACGGCGUUCUUCGCUAAUCCCGGAUCCCGGGCGAACUGCUCUCGUCGUGUCAAGUACCGCAUCGAAAUCAAAGAAGCCUGGUGCAGCUAUUAGAAAGCCAACGCAGGGAUCAAUAUUCAAGGCUUCGCUGAAUGCACUCAUGGACACCCUAAGUAUCACGAACGUACACUACAUCCGCUGCAUAAAGCCCAAUGAAGCCAAGAAACCUUGGGAGUUUACCCCUUCCCAGGUACUGGGCCAGCUACGCGCUUGUGGUGUCCUUGAGACUAUCCGUAUUAGUUGUGCUGGCUACCCAUCACGCUGGACGUACGAGGAAUUUGCUGAACGUUAUUACAUGCUUGUCCCGUCUUCGGACUGGCAACCGAUGAUACAACGGCUUGAGCUCCAGCCUCUUUGUUCGCUUAUCUUGGAGAGGACGAUCAAUGACCCAGACAAGUACCAGAGCGGGCUCACAAAAAUGUUCUUUCGCGCGGGGAUGCUUGCUGCUCUCGAGUCUCUGCGCUCUGAGAGACUAAACGCCUUGGCCACCAUCAUCCAGAAGAAUAUGCGUAGGCGUAUGGCUGUGAAGAAUUACAUCGAAUUGCGUGCAGCUACGAUUCGAAUUCAGACGUGGUGGCGCGCCAUCAUGGCAAAGCGACUGGUCGAGUCAAUGCGGAAAGAUCACGCUGCAAAGCUUCUACAAAAACAAAUUCGUUGCUUCAUGCAGAGAUCAUUGUUCCUGCAAAUUCGACAAUCCGUGACCAUGCUCCAGAGCCGUCUUCGUGGCGUUCAAGCCCGGCGCGUGUACAAGGAAUCCAGGUUCUUGCAUGCAACCGUUCUCUUACAAUCCUUGUUCCGUGGCAUUCUGUAUCGACGCAUCUAUCGUGGAGACGUCAGACAUGUGAUAUACCUCCAGUCUUGCGUGAGAAGGCGUCUCGCCAAGAAACAGCUCAAACUCCUCAAAGCAGAAGCGCGAUCAGUAUCUAAAUUCAAGGAGAUCUCGUACCGUCUGGAAAACAAAGUUGUGGAAUUAACGCAAACGCUCCAAAAGAGGACGGAGGAGAAGAAGACUCUUCAGUCUCAACUCACUGAACUUGAGCAACAAAUCCAACAGUGGACUUCGAAGCACGAAGAAGCCGAUACGAAGGUCAGGUCUCUGCAGACCGCUCUCCAAACCGCCGAAGCUGAACUUUCGCGGCGCGAUGAGCUGCUGAAGGCGAAGGCGGAUGUAGAGAGACGGUUGGAGGAUGCGACCGCAAAGGCAGCUGAGAAAGAAGCGACCAUCCAGAAGUUAUUGGACGAGAUAACGGCCCAGGCUGCUCAACUGCAGUCGCAGGAAAAGGCGUUUGCCAACGGUCCACUUAGAAAUACCGAAGAUGUUUCGGUCAUCGCAACCCUGAAGAACGAAGUCAGUAGUUUACGGGAACAACUUAACCGAGCCAAUGCCUACAAUGCAUUGACAAGGGGUGUGCGCGAUCCACCUUCCUCUCCGACAUUCGCACCUGCCCUUCGUUCGGAGGCUAACCAGUCGCAUGGUGCUACUCUUGCUCUUCCGCUGGCAAACUCUCGCCAUCAGCGAAGGCACAGUUCUGCUGGUGUUCUUCUCAAUCCGGCCGAGUACCGAACAUCCUCGGACGAACUGAUGUUGGAUGUGAAGAAGAGUCAGGCGCUCAGUCAUCGGGCUGCAUCGGUAGCCUUCGAUGGUGAUGACAGCCUGCGGGUGAGAACCAAUGGGCUGGCAGACGUUCGCAGUUAUGAUGACGUUGGAGAGGAGAAGAUACGACUUAUGCAGGACAUUAAGCGCCUCGAUGAGGAUGUACUGACCGGUUUGAUUCGCGGGUUGAAGAUCCCUGCGCCAAGCACGACGAAUCUUGCUGCUAUGAAAGAAAUCCUCUUCCCCGCCAACCUCAUCAGCCUUAUCACCAAUGAGAUGUGGAAAUACGGUCUUAUCGCUGAAAGUGAACGCUUCCUUGCGAACGUUAUGGAAACUAUCCAGGCGCAUGUUAUGUCGUUCAGCGGUGAAGAUGCCAUAGUUCCUGGCAUCUUCUGGCUCUCAAACGUGCAUGAGAUGUUCUCCUUCAUCUGCGUGGCCGAAAGUGAUAUGUUGCAAGGUAUCGGACCGGGUGAAGAGAACGCCAUACGCGAGUUUGACUGGAAUGACUACGAGCGGCUUGUCACUGUCGUGAAGCACGACUUGGGAAGCCUAGAGUAUAAUAUCUACCACACUUGGAUGCAGGAGACCAAAAAACGCCUUGGAAAAAUGGUAAUUCCCGCCUUAAUCGAGAGCCAGUCUCUGCCGGGAUUCACAACGAGCGAUGGUGGUGGAAGGCUAUUUAAUCGCCUGCUAAAUUCCAAUAGCCAACCGGCGUACAGCAUGGACGACAUCCUCAAUAUCCUCAACAAGGUCUGGAAGAGUUUGAAGAGUUACUAUACGGAGGAGUCGGUAAUACAGCAGGUCUUCACCGAGUUACUGAAGUUAAUUGGCGUAACGAGUUUCAAUGAUCUUUUGAUGAGACGAAACUUUUCGUCCUGGAAGCGAGCAAUGCAAAUACAAUACAACAUCACGCGGCUUCAUGAGUGGUGCAAGUCGCACGACAUGCCCGAGGGCACACUACACUUGGAGCAUCUACAACAAGCUAUCAAACUAUUGCAAUUAAAGAAGGCGACCCCUGCAGACAUAGAAAUAAUAUAUGACGUUUGCUGGAUGCUCAGCCCGAUGCAAAUACAACGGAUGUGCACAAACUACUACGUCGCCGAGUACGAGAGCCCGAUAUCACCCGAGAUUUUGCGUGUCGUCGCUUCCCGUGUGCAAGCAAACGAUCGUAACGAUCAUCUACUUCUCUCACCAGAAACGGAGGACGUGAGCCCAUUUGAGCCACCUUAUCCCCGCGAAGUCUCGGGUCUCGAGACGUAUGUUCCGGCGUACUUGAAUGUCUCUCACCUACGCAGGCUGGCCGCCUUGGUCGCAUAGUCUCUCCUGUUUUUUCGGUGUAUGGCGAUGUCCCCAGUACCACGCGGCGACUUUUCUUUCUUGUGUUUCCUUUUAUGCUAUGUACUGUUGUGCUUUCGACUCCAUAAAUCAUCUUCGAGGCAGU